AUGGCCGGCCCCAACAUUACCUCGGAUCAAUCAGCCCUUCUCUCAUUGAAAGCCAAAAUCACUGGGAAUCCUCACGAAAUCUUGGCAAGCAACUGGUCGGCUACUUCCUCAGUUUGUCACUGGAGAGGAGUCACUUGCGGCUCCCGCCACCGCAGAGUCACUGCCUUGAAUAUCUCCAACUUGGGCCUUACCGGCACCAUUCCUCCACAACUGGGCAAUCUCUCCUUUCUCAUGUCCCUCGAUAUGAGCAGGAACAACUUUUACGGGGAACUUCCCAAUGAAUUGAUUCGUCUGUCCAGGUUACGAGUCCUUAGUUUAGGCAUUAACAUGCUUAGCGGAAAUAUUCCCUCUUGGGUUGGUUCCUUCCAACAACUCCAACACUUUUCUCUAAAGAACAAUAGCUUUACAGGCUUUAUCCCACCUUCUAUCUCCAACAUGUCAAAGCUAGAGACAUUAAAUCUGCAGUUUAAUUCUCUACAAGGAGCAAUACCAAUGGAGAUUGGGAAUUUAAACAAGUUGAAGCAAAUAGUCCUGGUCCAUAAUCAGCUUUCCGGUUUUCUGCCACUGGGGAUGUUCAAUAUUUCCUCACUGGAAGUUAUUGCUCUUCAAAAUAAUAGCUUAUCUGGCAGUCUUCCAUCCAGCAUAUGUCCCCGUCUUCAUGGACUCACAUGGCUUGACCUUGGCCGCAAUAAAUUAAGUGGUGUGAUACCACCAUCGUUAUCGGAGUGUUCGAAGCUUCAGGUACUGUGGUUGUUUGACAACAACUUUAGUGGAGUGAUACCGGAAGGAUUUGGGAACUUGACGGCGCUCAAGCAACUAUAUCUUAGCGGGAACAAUUUGAUUGGUAGUAUUCCGCACGAGUUUGGCCGCCUAAAGCAUCUUGAAGUACUUGUUUUGGAAUUCAACAGCCUAACUGGAUCCAUACCAGCCCAAAUAUUCAACAUCUCGACACUGCAAGUACUAUCCCUAUCGAACAAUACGCUUUCUGGAAGACUUCCGUUAUCCUCAGGUUAUGGAUUGAUCAACCUUGAAUGGCUUGCUCUCUUUUUGAAUGAGUUUGAUGGAGUGAUACCAGCGUCAAUCUCAAAUGCGUCUAAGCUGACUUUUUUAGACUUGGGUGGAAAUAGAUUCAGAGGUCCAGUUCCAAACUCUCUUGGAAACCUAAGACUUCUAAGACAUUUGGGUCUCGAUGAAAACCAUUUGACAACUGAACCUUCAUCGAGAGAAUUGAGCUUUAUCAGUUACUUAACAAAUUGCAAGUACCUGAAAAUAUUAGGUUUUGCUGAAAAUCCGCUGCACGGUUUUCUUCCGAUAUCAGUUGGGAAUCUCUCAACUUCUAUGGAGAGAUUCUAUGCAUAUGGUUGCGGAAUCAAGGGAAGCAUUCCCGAUGGAAUUGGGAAUUUGAGCAGCCUAAUGAUUUUGGAUCUAGUAGGAAAUCACCUGAGUGGGCCCGUUCCGAGCACAAUGAAAUACUUGCAAAGUCUUCAAGGUUUGGAUUUGGGUGCUAAUCAAUUGAGUGGUUCAAUUCCGGAUUGCAUUUGCAAGUUAAAGAGAUUGUACCAAAUCUAUCUGGGGCAAAACAUUUUUCGUGGGUCAAUACCAUCAUGCUUAAAUAAUAUAAGUUCCUUGGGAGGAAUUGACUUUGCCGGGAACUUAUUAAACUCAAGCAUACCUGGUAGCUUGUGGAACCUCACUGAUCUCUUGAGGUUGAACCUGUCAUAUAAUUCCUUGAGUGGCUCACUACCUUAUGAAACUGGAAAUUUGAAAGUAGUAACGCUAUUAGAUUUGUCAGGAAAUCAGCUUAAUGGAAAUAUUCCAAGUUCCUUAGGUGGCUUGCAAAGUUUAGCAACGCUUUCACUAGCACAAAAUAAACAUCAGGGACCUAUUCCAGAUUCUCUCAGUCACAUGUUAAGCUUGGAAUUUUUGGAUCUAUCCAUUAAUAAUCUAUCAGGUCCAAUACCAAAGUCCUUGGAGACACUUUUAUAUCUCAAACACAUUAAUCUUUCUUUCAACCACUUAAGAGGAGAAAUUCCCUCUAGUGGUCCUUUCGAGAACUUCACAUAUGAAUCAUUCAUGUCUAAUGAUGACUUGUGUGGCGCUCAGAGGUUUCAUGUUCCUCCAUGUCCUUCUCCUCGGAUUCACAAAUCGAGUCAGAAGAAAGUAUUUCAUAUGCUAGGCAUUCUAUCAGGUAUUGGAGCAACAAUAAUUGCUCUUACAACUGCUGCAAUUUUACUUAUAAGAUGCCGAAGAAAGGAUGGGAUUUCAAGAAACACUGAUUUGUUGCCCAUGGGAUUGCCAAAAAGGAUUUCAUACUAUGAACUUGUGCAAGCGACCAAUGGUUAUGCUGAAAGCAAUUUACUUGGCAAAGGGAGUCUUGGAUCUGUAUAUAAGGGUAUUUUGACGGAUGGGACAGUUGUAGCUGUGAAAGUUUUCACUUUACUAGCAGAAGUCACUUCCGGGAGUUUUGAUACAGAGUGUGAAGUUCUACGCAACCUUCGCCAUAGAAACCUAACCAAAGUGAUUGGUAGCUGCUCUAACUGGACUUAA